UCCGCAGUUUCCAGGCUGCGCGCAGGUGGAGACGAAGAGGAGAGAAAACAGCAGUUCGGGACGGAUCAGAUGUAGCAGUCUGAGAUCUUCAUGAGGAGCGAGAUCUAAAACAAAAUAAAACAAGAAAUUAAUAUAUUAUUAUUUUUCUUGAAACUCCAAGCCUCUGUAUAUUUGUUUUCCAUCCCGGAGCUGUGAUCGUCCUUUCAAGAAAAAAAAAGAGAGAAAAAGUUUGCCUCCUUUUAAAAAAAUGCUGCUUUGCUCCGCUGCUGUUUUUUCACGCACUGCUGUGGAUUUCAGCGUCAGCGGCCAGUCAUCACUAGAGAAAUAGCUGCGAUUCUUUCGCUCUUUAAUUUCGGUGCCAAUUACAGCAGUUUCUCAACACACCCGCACAUCAUCUCUCCUUGCCCGGGAUUGCAUCCAUCUGAAUUACUCCAUUAUGGACUUCCUCGGACUGUACUUUCUUCAUCUGGCUCUCAUCGGAGUCCCACAUGCAGUCCUCUCUGCAGGCGGGAGGGACUGUCUGCGCGCUGGAGACACCUGCUCCAGCGAUGACACCUGCAGCCCUCGACUGCGCACCCUCAGGCAGUGCGUGGCGGGAGAUGGCAGCAUGAAACUGGGCCCUGGGGCGCGGAACCAGUGUGAGAACGCUAUGACGGCGCUGCUGUCCACCCCUCUGCAUGGCUGCCAGUGUAAACGAGGGAUGAAAAGGGAGAAGAACUGCCUGAGCAUCUACUGGAGUCUUCACCAGUCUGUGCUGCACGGACUGAGCCUGGUGGAGAGCUACCCGUAUGAGCCAGAGGAAAGGGGUUCUGACUACGUGCGUCUGGCUUCCAUCGCUGCAGAGUCUGAAGUAACGACAGUGAACCGCUGCCUGGAUGCCGCCAAAGCGUGCAACAUAGAUGAGACAUGUCAGAAGCUGCGCACAGAGUACGUCUCAGCCUGCAUCCAGCCGUCAGCCCGCUCAGGGCCAUGUAACCGACCAAAGUGCAACAAGGCGCUCAGGAAGUUCUUUGACCGCGUUCCCCCUGACUACACCCAUGAGCUGUUGUUCUGUCCCUGCACCGACACAGCCUGUGCCGAGCGCCGCAGGCAAACCAUUGUGCCAUCUUGCUCUUAUGAAGAAAAGGACAAGCCCAACUGCCUGGCUCAGCUGCGAGACUGCAAGCAAGACUAUGUGUGCAGGUCUCGCUGGGCACAGUUCCAGUACGACUGUGAAGCGUCUGAGCACAGCGCCAGUGGCUGCAAGAGGGAGAACCAUGGAUCAUGUCUUCUUGCGUACACCGGCUUGAUUGGAAGCACAAUAACCCCCAACUACCUUGACAACUCUACUUCCAACGUAGGACCCUGGUGCUCCUGUGCAGCAAGUGGCAAUCACAGGGAGCAAUGCAAUGACUUCUUGGCUUUUUUCCAUGACAACGUCUGUCUGAAAAACGCCAUCGUAGCAUUUGGGAACGGAUCAGAUGUAAAAACAGGCGCCAGUCAGCCUGGGGUGACAAGUCCAGCGACAGACAACGAGAGUCCACACUUGGCAACCACCGCCCCGAGUAUCUCCAUGGAAACAGAGCAGAACGUUCUGCGGGCACAAAUACCUACUCAGGUUAGUGGGAAUGACAGACUGUGGGGCGACGAAGGAGACUCCACUCUACCCUCUCCAAGGCUUUUGGAUCAUAGCCCAGAGCAAGUCCGGCUCUCCAUGCUGCUCAUCCUGGGCUGGCUGAUGCUGGUGCUGCUCUGCCAACCAUAGGAGGCAUCCAUUUAAUGGCCUUUAUGGACCGAGCUGCGCAGAACCGACAGGGAGGAGGAUUUGGGUGUGAGAGAGAAACUGCAAUUCCCAUGUGUCAGAUGAGGGUGAGAGGGAAGAGCCAGCUCUGUCCUGCCCCAUUCCCUUCUCCCUACCAUACACAGAACCCCACCUAAUCUCUUUUUUAAUGGCUCAGAGUAGAUAUGUUGUGAAGGAUACUCUGCGGACAGAACCUAAGGAGAGGGUGCCACCAAAGCACCGCACAGGGGACAAAAAAGAGGUUCCACACAUCAUUCCCUGCUGCACACCAGCCCAACUUUUACAGAAGAAACACACAGACUUCUCUCAGCUGCAUAUCUACAGAGAAAAAGGCCAACAAGUUCAGAAAGUGUAAAGUGAAGAGACACUGAGAACGCAGUGACUGAAAACAUUACAAAUAUAUAUAUAUAUAUAUAAAAAUAAUUUUCUUUGUUCUCGAACAUUCCUUGAUGUAGAAAAAAAACAUUAAAUGUAAAGAUUCUUCUCUGAGACGACAUCUUACACGAGAUUUAAGGUGGAAAGUGUGUGUUUGUCCACAUGCAGAAAGCCGCCUGUUUUGCUUCGCUCUUUAUCUUUGAUGCCACAUAUUUUGUUUUAAACAGAAAUGUUUGAUAGAAGCACAUGCUAAACCACAGUGAGAUUCUUUGGCUGUCAGUGGUCGUGUUUUUGAUUUGAAGGUUGAAGAGUUCAUUUCCAAAAAUCAUUAAAAAGGCUAUGUAAAAUUGUGUUAACUUUGAAAUUUUUCAGUUUUAUACCAACAAUUCAAGGCUCAACAACCCCUUUUGUUCUUUAACUUUUUUGUUUUUAGGGCAGAAUAAUUAAAGGGAUCUUUUGGGACGUCUUAAAGGAGUGAUAACCUUGUAGUUUAUAUAUAAAAUCCUGAACAGUUCUUUAAAAUCAUGUUUAACAAUUCAUAGGAUUUUGUUUUUUAAGGAAACUAUGAAAAUUUGAUUUGUGCGUAUGCACAUUCAUGUUUUCUGUAUUUAUUACACAGAAAAGUAGAAUUACCAACAUUAAAAGUAUGCCAUUGUAAAUGGCCUGUACUUAUAAAGCGCCUUUUUUAAGGUCAGGGGACUUAAAAAAUUCUUUACACCACAUUCAGUCAUUCACCUGCACUUCCACACUGAUGGAGACAGGCUGUAUUGCAGCAAAGGCUGCUGUGGGGUUCACUUACAGAAGAGAGGUUGCUGUAGGCGCCACUGGGCCCGCUGACCAUCAUCAGUAGGCAAAAUGGGUGAAGUGUCUUGACCAACGACACCACAAAGCCAGAAUUCUGCCAAAAAUCCAGAGACCUUAUGAUUACUCAAAUGAGAUGUUUUAUCUAAAACUACUCUCCAUAACCAUUUUGAAGGUAUUAGGCAUGCAAGUUCAAUAAGACCCUCAAUAUAUCACAAUCGUUAGUUCCUCCUCCUUCUUUGCUCUCUUUUGCUUUAUUAUGUACCUGUAGAGUCUCUACUAUUCAAGUGUGGACCUGGUUCUGUACCCUUAUGUCAAAGUCUUUUCAUGUUAAAGAGUUAAACCAACUUAAGAAAGUAAACUGUCUGUGAUCGACAGCAUUUCAGGAAAUCUCACCUCUGCCGUUUUCUUCCUAGUUACUGUACAGCUAGUAAGGCAACUUCAGGCUAAUUACUGUUCUAUUACAGGGGUCAAAAUGUGUUAAAUGAAUUCAUCAUUAAAUAACUUAAUUUAAAAAAGUCAUAAAUGUGUUGCAGUAACAAAAUACUCUAAAUGAUUAAUGCUUUGGAACCUUGCAUGAGCUAACCUGUUAAGUUCAGAUAAUGUCAAGUUUACUGUUUAUAUUGAGGCUUGAAUUAAAAAAUAUUUAUAGCUGAACACAAACAUUUGCAUUUCUAAUUAGUUUGCAGCGGUGUUGUGUUAACAAAAUCAUAAAAUGAUGACAUAUAUAGCUGUAUGAAAGAAAGUUCAAAUUUACCUCUUGAAGAGAACAGCUAUUCGUUUUACCAACAUUACUAUCUGCAGUUUGGAAGA